UAUACACACGCACACAACUUACCCUAGGUGGCCCGUCAACUACAGUGUUUUUCAUUUAGUAAACAAAAUGGACUUUAUUGACGAUUUUAUAGAAGAAUAUAAAUGCAAUCCGUGCCUGUGGAAGACUUCAGAUGCGGACUUCAGGAACCGCAGCCAACGGCAGGAGGCUUAUGCGAAACUGAUUGAGGUGGCCACCAAGCACGGCGAAAUGUACAAUGUGGAACGAACAAAGCAAAAGAUAAACAAUCUGCGCUGUGCAUUUCGUCAUCAGUUAAGGAAGUACAACGAGGUUAAGAAAAAGGGUGAAAAGUACGAGCCCUACUGUCCCAAAAGGCGCUAUUUUGAGUCCCUGAUGUUCCUAAAAGACGAGGAGAUCCCCGAUAAGAAGUGCAAGCGGGAGCAGUCGGGAUGUCUGGAUAGCUCCGUUCAGCUAGUGCAGCCGGAGAAUUGCGAUGAGUUUUCCGACGCAGAGAGUCUUCCGAAGCCGCCGAAAGCAGCGGCAGAUAUUAACAAAUUGUCGCCAAACAACAGCGCCAACGAAUUCUGUGCCAACAUUUUCGAGGAGGCCAGCGCCGCUGACCCCGUUAUCAGUAUUAAGACAAACAACCAUGCUGGUGGCGCUACGAUCAAGGAGGUCGAAAUUGUUGUGCCUGCGAACAAUAGGCUGAUGUCCACCCGUAGAAAAUCCGUUCCCGAUUUUAUAAAGUCCCCUUCCGGAGACUCCGAGUCACCUUGCAAACGCAUUGUCGGACAGAGCCAGCCGAAACUGAAUAACAAUCAGAUCCUGAAAUCCAGUCACAUCACUCGGAAAAGAUCUUCCUCGGUGUCCUCUCAAAUCUCGGAGGAUAACGAACCUCCGGCAGGGAAAUUCCGGGCAGACAUCUCCACCAUCGACUUUGAGCGGCUGUUUUCACUGGCGUUGAAAAGUGCGGACAGUCAGCUAGACGACCAUUUCUCGAACUUUGGGAAAAUCAUCGCCCACAAGCUUCGCUCCAUGGAUAGCACCCAGGCUAUAUAUGCGGAGAAGAUUAUCGCCGAUGUGCUCUAUCAGGGUCAGAUGAAAAUGCUGUCCACGUUGAGCAUACACCAGUUUUUGGGCGUGGACAAUGCAACAGUUUAUCUGGAGAGCCACAGUAAAUAAUUAUGGCUCCCUAGAAGGCGUACUUUUAAGGUUUAUGUAAUAAUAAGAUGUAAAGAUACAGACAAGUGUA